CUAGUAACCACUGCAAGCGCGCAAAAGCACCGAAAGGGCAACUUCCGGCUGCGCCGAACUUUAAAUAAUUAAUUUAUCCCGGCGUUAAUUAAACCGAGGAAACGCUUGAAAUGAAUAAAACCGGAGCGAUGAAACAGCAGGGGGGCAAAUAACGCCCGCGUUAAAAGCGUGAGUAUCUAGGGCAGACGCUAAGUCGAGGCUAGCCGCGGAGCUAGCGGUCACGCCUGCUCGGAUCUGUCGUGAGCACCGCGUCCUGUACAUGCCCCACCAGCGUUCAUCAACCACGCACCCGUCCCGUGCUUUAAUCGGCGAAUGACUGCAUGAACCUCAGCGACAAUGGACUCGAAGAGGGAAAAGGACAACGAAACGGAGUGCGCAAAGAUCACCACUGUGCUUCUGAAGUCCCGCACCGGGGAGUUCGAUUUGGAGUCCAUCAUGUUUCUUAAGCUUAGGAAUUUAGGAAUUUACGAUCUUGGAUGUAUAGGAGAGUGCGUAAACCUGGAGAGGCUGGACCUCUCUGGAAAUAACAUCACAAAUCUGGGGCCUCUUUCACCUCUACGAAGACUUCUCGUUCUUAACUUGUCAGCCAACAGGAUCUCGAAUUUAGAGCCUCUUUCCAGCUGUGAAAGUUUACAGAGUUUGAAUGUUGCUGGCAAUGUGAUACCGAGUGUGGAAAAUCUUCAUGCGAUGAAGUCUUUAAAGAAGCUGGAGAGCAUCAGACUGAAGGACAACACUUACAAUUAUACCAAUCCAGUCUGCAAGAAUUCUUCAUACCGGACUCUUAUUCUUGAAAUUUUCCCAAACAUGAAAGUGUUGGAUGGCGAAAGGGUGGUGGGACGUGGAAGUGACUUAUACCAACUAUGCAAAGAUAUUGAUGAUACUAUUAAAGCAGGCAUGUAUAAAAACGGCCAACUGUCUGAGUUGCCAGAGACCAAACCUUGGGUGGAUGACGGUUUUUGGGAGAUAAAGAGAUCAAACAAUGCCAUAGUUGACGAAGCCUACAAACAAUUCAGCGAUGUCCUUCACGAGUGCAGGCUGCUGAACGGUCGGGCAGCCCACGUGAUCUCGCAAAACGAACGGACCAUCAGCCUCAAGAGCCAACCAAAGCAGUAUGCCGUUUAAAUCCGGGAAUUUCUCGACCUCAUUGCGUUUCCAUAAGAAUGCAUACGUUUCUUUCUCCCGCAGCUUUUUCUAUGUCUUUCUUAAAGUCCAUAAGCUUGAUGCAUCGCCGGUGCCAGAAAUCCGACAUGCUCCGUGUUGCCUGCAGUGUGAGGGUUUCAGUUUUUUUGCAACUACGCUUGAGCUCUUUCUGAUUUCCCACCGUUUAGAGAGACCGAUGCUGUAGUUAGCCCUAAUCCGAUUUGAUCACUGUCUCAGGAUGUUCACAAUCAAGACAAUUCCUCUUUGCACUCCUAACACAAUGCUGUAUUUAACGUUAUGCUUUAAAUUACGCUUAAAAUGCUGCUAUUUGUAUAUUUCAUAACGGUAAAGCACUAGUAUUGUUUUUCAACCACUUCUGAAGCUUUCCCAUGUUGCUCUUCUUGUUUACAAUUUUUGGUGAAUGCUUUUUGCCUUUUUAUUGUACGCCUAACGUGGAUGAUUUUUAAAUCGCUUGUUUCAUACUAUAUUGUUUCUUUUUAUUCGCUCAAUCAGCCUGUUUGUUUCAGAAUACAUCUAAAUUGUAUGAUACAUGAUCGGCUUUCCAUCUUUGUAUUUACAUUUUGUUGGAUAAAGUACAUUCAUGCCAGACGAUUCCUAUUAAAUAAACAUUUUGUCCUUGUUUACUCA